GUAUCCUUGUCGGUGUUGUGCCGCCGCUGCUGCCGCUGCUGCUGCUGCUGCUGCCGGGGGUAGAGAAAGAUCAUGUUCCCUGGAGGAAAAGUAAAAGUGCCAAGCCGACAGCCGAGGAAUGUUAGGGGGAGCUGCCUCAUCCGCAGAAUAACACCAUAAAUCUUUUUUUCCCCCCUUCUCUCCUGGUGAAGCUCUACUCGGCUCUGCAUUGAGAGAAAACGCAAAGACAAAAGUGCCUUAAAGGAAAGAAGGAAGACGAGCGACACAUAAUCUGCAGGACAGAAGAAAUGAGGCCGCUGAAGAAACAACGGGGACGAUCCCCUUCGUCGUCCAGAGGCCGAGGGGGCCGGAAGAAGACGGCCGCCCAGCCUUCCCAAGAGAAAGACGCCAAAAGAAUCAAGAAGGAGUCGCCUGGAAAAAAAACACAGAGCACACCCACCACUUUGUCCAAGCAGUGCCCACCUGCAGCGUCCGGCCGUAAAGAGAAGCCUGCCACAGACAGCGACGCCCCCAGGAGGGGAGAGUCCACCGGGCUGAAGAAACUCACUGAGUCAGUUGAGAAGGAUGUAACCAAUUUGGCUAAAGAAGCUACGGCUAAAGAAGCUACGGCAUGCCGAAGUGCGUCCGUCGACUCCGUAGCAUCUCCUACCUCGCCCACUACGCCGCCCGCGACCGCCAACCAAAACCCCGGCCCUGCCUCGGUCUCCAGCAGGAAGACGGCCACGUUUAAGGCUCGGGUUCCCAAGAAGAAGUACACAUAUGAGCACUUUGCUAGCAAUGCCACUCCUCCCGCCGCCCGUCCUACCUCCAGCCCUGCAACCACAGGCAACAUUUCCUGCAAUAGCAACAGCAAAAUCGGUAACAGUGUAACUAUGACUGUAAAUAAUGUCAAGAACUGCAACAAUAUUAGUUAUUUAAUUAACAAAACCGUUGAUGCUUGCAUGAACAGCAGUAUUAACACUAGUAGAAGUAAUGCUUGCUCAGGUAAUCAGCCAUCAGUUCAACACGAGAACGGUAAAGCCACAGAGGAAAACCAAGUCUCCACAGAUGAAGGGGCUCUCAGGACAGCAACACCCAUAGAAAGAAAGUCCCAAGUAGGUGAGAAUGAAUUCGAGGGGGCCCCCAACUCGGUGCGCUCGUCCUCCACCGACACAGCCAGUGAACAUUCAGCUGAUCUGGACGUGAUAGAAGGAAACGGACCAGGCAAUCUUAAGAGCCCCCGUGCCCCAACUCCCCUUUUUAACUCACCGCCCAAAGGGGUCAGCGGUGUACGGGGGCUCGCAGAAGCUCUUGCUAAAGGUUUGAAAAACCAGAGGGUCUUGGCUCGCCAGAUAAGGAGCUCCAAGGAGAUCACUGUCGGGGCUACAGGGGAAACGGGGAUCGAGGAAAGAAACUCGUGCCUCCUGUCCCCAGUGUUUAGACCUGGAGUGGUAAGAGGGGUAAGUGGGGGUACUGUCGAAGUACAGCUUCAGGGAAAGGGGACUGUUGUUAAAUAUCCUUUUGAUGGUGAAACCGUAAUGACACCAGGGGCUGUUGUAGAGUUAGUUCUGGAUGCACCCCCACCCGGCAUGUCGCCAGUUGCUGUCUGUACCAAAGUGUGUGUGCCGUUUGGUGGGGAGGAAGAGGGUCCUUUACUAUAUAGAGAGGGAGUUAUCUCUCAGGUGGACCCCCAUCCCGGUGUCUCAUUUCCUUACCAGGUGGACCUGAGUGAAGACACAGAGCCAUCGAGUGGCGAUGCGUUCCGCCAGGGGGGAGACAAAAGUAAAGCUCAGACCGUGUGGGUUUCCCGACAAAGCCUGAGACUGCUUACCCCACCCUGGGAUGUCCCGCACUUGGACGGUGGGGGGGCACGGGAGAGAGAGCGGGAAAGGGAGAGGGAAGAAAGAGAGUGGAGAGAGGAGAUGGAGGUGGAGAGAGAGGUUUGCCAGUUGAGCAGUGGAAUGGGUGUACUGGGAGGGGGAGCAAGGUUGAGCCAUAGUUUGUCUCAUCCAGGGGUUGCUGGAGGGCAUCUCUAUGGAAACGGUCACCCACCUCCCCAUCCCGCCACCGUUGCUGCUAGUGGGGGGGUCACAACAGCUCCAGGGUGCAGAGAGAACUUCUCAGAUAGGGAGAGACAGAAACAAGUCAGCAUCCCAGAGGAAGAUGUUGAGGUAUCUCGUUUUAACAUGGCAAUGUCCACAACACCGACGUUGAAUUCUGUCCCCCCGCAACACAGAAAUAUAAUCUCCAAGUCCAGUAGCUACCAUCCACCCUCCCCCCACUUCUCUGUGGUGAGGGGUUUGGGUCCCCCUCAUUUCCCCACCCUCUCAAGCCCCCAGCCUCCUCCUUUACCUGCCUUACUAGGUUCCGACAUGAACAAUACUCCUCCAAAUCUACCUCCAAUCAAGAUCACUCCCACUCAGACCCCGACGCCCUUAUCUGUGGGGGGGGCUUCCUCUACCUCUUCUCGCUCCAGGACGCCCCUCUCGUUGGCUCAGCAGAAAUACAAAAAGGGUGAUGUCGUGUGCACACAGAACGGCAUCCGUAAAAAGUUUAAUGGCAAACAGUGGAGGAGGCUGUGCUCCAGGGAUGGCUGCAUGAAGGAGUCUCAGAGGCGUGGUUACUGCUCCAGACACCUGUCCAUGAGGACCAAGGAGAUGGAGGCCGCUGGAGGGGGGGAGAGGGGAGGAGGAGGAGGAGGCAGCAGCUCAGGAACGGUGACCCCCUCUGACCUGAGGGGCAGAGCGAGCAGUGAGUUUGAAUGGGACGACACGUCAAGGGAGAGCAGCGAGACGAGUAGCAGGGGAGACUCCAGACCCCGCUUGCUCCUCCCCUCCGUCCUCCCCCACGAUCUGUCGGCACGCUUCGACUUUGACGAGUGCGAGGCAGCCACCAUGCUUGUGUCACUAGGUAGCUCCCGCUCCGGGACCCCGUCGUUUUCCCCCAUCUCAAACUUGUCCCCCUUCUCCCCCGCCCCCUCUCCCUCGCCCUCCCCACUGUUUGGCUUCCGGCCAGCAAACUUUUCCCCGAUUACCGCCUCCCCGGUUCUUCAGCACCGCAGGCACAGACAGCCCAGCGGUACGGGUGGAGGUGCGGGAGGGGGCAGCAAGGCACCAACCCCAGCUGGAGGGGGCGAACGGGAGAGACACACUUCGGGCAUUCAGCCCUCGUACCACAACAACUUGACAUUUACAGUCCCAAUGAGCCCCAGUAAACGAAAACCAGACGCACACCCUCCACUGCCCCUCCCCCUGCACCACCACAAUUACACGCCCAAGACAGAGCUGGAGCAGGGCAACCUCAACAACUCUUUCAGGGUGCUGUCCCCGCAGACACCGGCAUCACAUUCCCACACACCCACUUUCUCGCGGCCGAGAGGAGCGACCACCCCCUCCUCCAGCAGGCCCCCGUCCUCCACCGCCGCCUCCCCUCCUCCUCUGCUCGUGUCGCCAACGCCUCCUUCCCCUCUCACUCCCGAUGGAGGGCCCCGUCGUGUGGUCCCUGUAUCCCAGCAUGCUUUGCGAGACUCCCCUGUCAUUGUGAGGAAUCCUGAGGUUCCACUUGCCAAAUUCAUAGAGUGUCCCUUGGGAAAAGGCUGUGAAAAAGAGGCAGGAGUUGAAACCCCUUCAUCUAAAGACAAUGGCAUCACUACAUUCAGCCCGCAGCCAAUUCCCGGCCUCCAGGUCCCCGUACCUAUCAAUGCAGCUGCCUCAGUCCCUAAUGGCACCAUCCUUUUGCGCAGUCCGGCCCAAACUUUGCUACUCGUGUCCCCUACGCCGUCCUCUUUACCCUCCUCGGACACGCACACCGCACCCCUGCAGGCCCUCUCGGUCACCGUGGGCACAACGCUGGCCGCAACCACUCAAUGCGGUGUGGACAGUUCUCGAGAACAAGUGGAGAACAGAUGCUUCGAGGGAGCGGUGCAGCAGCCAGUCCCCUGCCACCCUUCGCCCACCGCGUUGCUGCCCCUAAUCCUGCCUGUGGAGAGCCUUCACCCUGCACCGCGGAAGGACAUCAUCAUGGGACGUCCCGGAACAGUGUGGACCAACGUGGAGCCCCGGUCCGUUCCAGUUUUCCCCUGGCAUUCUUUAGUUCCCUUCCUGGCUCCCACCCAAUCAGAUGCAGCCUCUCAGCCGGGGGAGGUCCAGCAUCCUGUCAAUCAUCCCCACACGGCCACACUAAAGACAGAUUUCCAGGGAGGGGCAGCGCCACCUGAGCCUGCCGAGGCCCCUCCCGCUGUGGAGAGAGGUCCCCUGGCCCGGCAUGUCCCCGCUGCCGAAGAGCCAGAGAAGGAGAAAGGGGAGCGGGAGAGACCUGAGAGCGAGACGGAGAGUGACGUGGAUGACCUCUUCCUUCCUGGCGUUGUACCGGAGCCGCCCCUUUCUACGCCCCCCGUAAAGAGACGCACUCAGUCUCUCAGCGCGCUGCCCAAAGAUGGAGACAAGAGCAGCCCUGGAAAGAGGGAAAAGGACCACAUUCGGCGACCGAUGAAUGCCUUCAUGAUUUUCAGCAAGCGCCAUCGAGCAUUGGUGCAUCAGCGCCACCCCAACCAGGAUAAUCGGACAGUCAGCAAGAUCCUGGGCGAGUGGUGGUAUGCUCUCGGACCUAAAGAGAAGCAAAAAUACCACGACUUGGCUUUCCAGGUGAAAGAGGCCCACUUUAAAGCCCACCCGGACUGGAAGUGGUGCAACAAAGACAGGAAGAAGUCCAGCUCCGAAGGUCGCGGGGUCCCAGGAGGAAAAGAUAUCAGGGAGAGGAGCAUGUCUGAGUCCACAGAGCCGCAUUCUGUGGAGAUGAAGGGGGUGGUGCCAGGUCUGGUGGGCGUGUCUGAGAGGGUUCCAACAGAGGGUCACAUGAACCAGCUGACCCGGCCCAGAGCCUUCUCUCAAAGUGCCGUGCACAGCAUGGAGCGCAGUGAUAGGGGCAACACGCAAGCCCUUGCGGAACUGGCACAGAUGUGUGGAGAUGGAGGCAGUCAGUUUUCAAGCCACGCCCCACCCCUGUCCCGGUCCCAGCGAGGGGUCAGCGAGGACAUGACCAGCGAUGAGGAACGCAUGGUCAUCUGUGAGGAGGAGGGAGAUGAUGAUGUCAUCGAGGACCCUUAUCCCAGCAGCUCCAUUGACCUCAAGUGCAAGGAGCGGGUGACUGACAGCGACAGCGAGAGAGGUUCUGGGGAUGAAAGCGUUCAGAAGCGAGUCUUUGCUCCAGUCAUCUGCUCCACCGCAUCCUCAUCCUCCUCACAUGCGACCCCACAUGGCAGGAGUGUCUCACUGUCCUCCUAUCCCAGCAGCAGACGUUACGACGAGGGGAGACCAGCAGUCUUUUCUGACCCCAGGAGGAGGGCAGAGGGAGACGUAAAGGACAAUUUAGGCGGUGAGGCGGGAGGAGUACAAGCCUCCCCUCUCUCCCUCUCCUCUGGCCAGUCAGUAAUCUCGACUUGUCCAGCAGGGGGAGGGCCUCCCCCUUCCUCGUCCGUGGUUGCAAACUCGCACCUGGGCAUCGGUGCCAUGAGGGUGGCAUCCACAGUGCUGACCAAUGUGAUGCGCCCCGUCAUCAGCACGCCGCUCCCCAUCGUCAGCAAACCCAGAGAGAGGGGCGCCUCAUCCAGUCCGCACACACCUGAGAGAAAGCCCAUGGCGCUACAGCAGCAACCGCAAUUUCUGAUUGGAUCAGGAAGCGGCUCCACACCAAGUGGCUACUACUCCUCAUCGUCGCCCAACUCUGUAGGUGCUGGGGUGGUGACUAAUUUAGUGUUAGGGGGUGCUCUGUCAGGCCAACCUGCAGUGCAGCUCAUCACCCAGCCGCCCCAACCUCAGCCCCCCCAACAGCAGCAAGUGGCCAUUUCUUCCACAAUUGCUUCAUUACCACACAGCCACUCCAACGGACCCCUGCCUUUGCCCCUGCUCCAGUCCCAGUUCCUCCCCACAUCCUCCCUGGCGCACCCUGGGGGUAAAGCCAUCACGCAAGUCCAGUACAUACUGCCCACCCUCCCCGCCAAUCCUAAGAGCCCGCCGCAGCAGCAGCAGCUCUGCCAGCCAACCAGUAUCUUCAACCUGCCCGCAGCCCCGCCCACUCACGCACCCUUGGCAAAUGGGAAGCAGCAUGGCUCAAGCUCACUGACGUGUUAUUCGUCCAGCCCAGCAGGAACUAGAGUGCAAACACAGUCCCCGGUGCUCCAGGGUAAAAUGGUUGUUCCCAUGGCAACAGUACGGGCCACGCCGGCCCCCGCCCAGCAAUUCCCCAUCGUGGCCCCGCAGCUUCCUCUGCAGAAUGGCGCUCAGGCAGGAAGCAAGAUCAUCCAAAUAGCCCCCAUGCCGAUGGUCCAGUCUCAGUUGUCUCAAGGAGGGGCAGUCCACCCCACCAGCCCCUUCCCCGUGACAGUGGCCACCGCUGCAGUCGUGGCUCCGGGGCCAGCCCCCUCGCAGGCUGUUUUACUGCCCCCUGCACCCACCAGGAUCACCUACGUCCAGUCCACUCCGGGGCUCCCCUCGUCGCUGCCUCUGGUGUCCUCAACAACAGCCUCCAGCCAUCCCCCCACCCAGCAAGCGCUGCCGGUGCCUGGAUCCACAUAUGUGCCACCCUCCCUGGCCACCCUCGGCUUCACGACCAUCCCACCCUCUGGUCAGGCGUUGGUUCAACCGCUGAUUACAGGUCAACCUCCCCUCCUGGCCACCGCCCCUUCGCCACAGCCCCACAGCUCAGCUCCCGUCUCUGGUUCCAGCGGCCAGAUAGUCACCGCCAUCUACCCUCCUUCACAGAGUGUCACCAUGGCAACGGGGGUCGUCUCCAUGACAGCCGUCCCCCCGAACGCGGCCAUCUACUCCGCCGUCUCCAACCCCUCCAGCACUUCCAGCCAAAAGCACACAGCGGCCGUCGCUCAGCCCCAUCAGGAGCGACACCUGCCUCUCGACAGACCUGCGGAUCGAGCGAGCGACAGGCAGGCUGAGAGGCAGACGGAUGCGGCGCUGGAGCAGUCGCAGCGCCAAGUGCAGAGCUCAGUGGCGCACCCCAGUGGGCACGCUGUUUGUUCUAGGCCAUACAGUCCUCCUCUCACAAUCCAAACGUCAGCCAUUACAACCAAACUAUGCCAGCUUCCUGUCAGACCACCCCAGAAAGUGAAGGCAACACUGGCCAGCAUCCCAGUGGGCAGCUACGAGGGAGGCGGUCGAGGAAAGGAGCGAGAAAGGGAGCGAGAGCAGGAAAAGGAAAGGGAAAGGGAGGCGGCUUCCAACAGCCACUUCUCCUUCGAUCCUGAGCCGGCAGGACAGAUGGAGUCUUCAGCUGCACAUUCAGCUGAAGAGCCGCCAUCCUGUGAGAAGCCACUAGAGGGCUCCAGCACAGCAGAGACCUCCAGAGAGGCUGGAUGGAAGGAGUCCCAUCCUUCCUCUUCACUACCACCUCCAUCCAUCACAGAGCGCCCCCUGCCACCCCCCCUCACUGACAAAGACGGCCCCCCACCCAAGAAGGUCAAAAUUCGGCCCCCACCACUAAAGAAGACCUUUGACUCUGUGGACAAGUCGGGAAGGGUGCUGUCGGAGGUCUACUUUGAGGAACGCUUCGCGGAGCUGCCCGAGUUUCGACCGGAGGAGGUCCUGCCUUCGCCCACGCUGCAGAGCCUGGCAACGUCGCCGCGUGCCAUCUUGGGCAGCUACCGCCGCAAGAGGAAGAACUCCACAGAUUUGGACUCCGCCACUGACGACCAAAUGUCCCCGAAGAGGAAAAGUCGGCGGCGUUCCAGCUGCAACUCGGAGCCCAGCACGCCCAAAAGCGCCGCCAAGUGCGAGGGGGACAUCUUCACCUUCGAGCCAGCGGCGGGCGCGGACGGCGAGGACAUCCUGGCCGAGCUGGAGUUUGACAAAGUGCCGUACUCGUCCCUGCGUCGCACGCUGGACCAGAGGAGGGCGCUGGUCAUGCAGCUGUUCCAGGAGCAGCAGGGCUUCUUUCCAUCAGCUCAAGCCACCGCAGCCUUCCAGACCAGAUACUCGGACAUAUUCCCCACUAAAGUGUGCCUGCAGCUGAAGAUCAGGGAGGUCCGGCAGAAGAUCAUGCAGACAGCCACCCCAUCCGACGCCUCGGGUCUCCCCAUGCCCCCUGAUGCCCUGCCCGGACCCUCCGGUGCCCAAUCAGGUGACGGAGGAAGGGGGGCUGGGGAUCUGCAGGAUGACGUAGACGAGGAAGGCGGGGCAGAGGGGAGCCCGCAUGAUCCCGGCGACUCGCAGGACUCUUCGAGGUGAAGAUUGAGGACCAGUUUCAGUCUUUGACAUGAGAUACCAAAAAAAAGGCGUAGAAACCUUUUUGUAUUAAUCACCUAGGAGAGACAUUUCUCCUUCGGAAGUGACAGAGAUCUGGAAAAGUCUUAAAAGCUUUAAAAAGAUUGGAGUCAGACAGGAAAGCUUCUUGGGGCUGGGCCCCUUACUCUUUACAUCCAUGGACUCUGAACCAUCUGGUUCCUUUAUCUCCAUUCUCUGGACCCUCAAGAUCUUUUCCGGAAAGGUCUGACGCUUCUGGCUGUGCCAUCAUUCCCGCUGUUCCCCUGCACAGACCAGUCAGAAAGGAAGCAAACAUUCCCGUGCCUCUUGUUGUCGGUUAAGCAUGAAGGAAGGAGGUUAGUGCGUCUUUGGCCAUUAUCCUUUUUUUUUUCUUUUGCAAAAUGGUUUUAUUGACCUUUUUAAAAAAAAAAAAAUCAUAAUGGGUUUGUUCCUGUGACUUUUAAUAUUAUAUUAAUGAAUCCUCCUGUCACUGCAUCCUUAUUCUUGCCUGGUCAGUUUUUGGAGGCUGCCUCACGCAUGCACAGUCACCCCCUCCGUGCUCCAGUCUUCCCACCACUGGCUUUUUAACAAACCAGUCUGUUAUUUUUUUACCUUUUAUUCCUUCAGUAAUACAAAUCAGUAUUUAUAGACAACACCUCUUUCCUUCUUUUGUCACUUUACUGCUCUACCCAGAGCUCCUCCACAAUCAACCACACCGAUCACGUCUUGGAUAAAUCCUGUAGUGGUUAUGGACACAAAUGGACUGUUAAAGGUGCCCCUUCGUUAAAAGGUUAAGAAAAAAAAAACACAAUUAUAUGGCUUUUCAAUGUUUUUGUGUUCUACUUCUUGUUUUCGCUGUUCAGUAUCCGAGAGACACAAACAAUUUUUGUAUCUGUAACUUUCAGUAUGCCAAUAAAAGAGCAAUUAGGUGGUGAAUGAUGCAAAAUAUUUACUCAGUUCACAUAUUUAAUGGCAGCGGUCCUGUCCAGUCCACAGAAAUGUAAACUCAUUAAAAAAGGUCAUGAUGUACAACUCAUUUAUACACAAGCCAAAAGCUUUUAAAGCACUUUUUGUACAUUUCAAAAUACUCUGCUGUCUCACAACUUUGCAGAUACAACAUCUGUUACUAUCAAUCAUUGAUCAGCAUUUAUUCCGUUUUUGUUUUGUUUGAUGGCUAUUUGUCCUCAGAGCAGGUGCAUUCCUUCAACGGAAACGGUCUCCAUGGCGAGGCCGUUCUCUAGCGCUGUGUGAAAGAUCUCCAGCGCCUGCUCGAAAGGCACCAACCCGC